UCCGGUGCCUUGUUUACUGUGAUUCCUUGGCUCUCUCUUGGAGUUGCAAUCGAACGUCGUGGGUUGUUCUUUCUUGUGCUCGUCCGCGUUUUGUGUUUUUUUGGCUCGUGGGUUUUGAUGAUGUCUUUAUGCUGAGAAUUGGGUUGAUGAGAGCUCGUGCGUUGUGUUUCAUUCGUGGAUUGAUUUUGGAGGCUAGGCUGGAAAGGGCAUUCGCUUUUCACCGAAUUUUGAACUGUGUUUGAUUGUUGUAUUUCUGCCACUGAAGUUUGCUCCGGUAUCGGAUUACUAGUAGAAGAUUGCUUGUUUUCUUGGGGGGCAGGGAGAGAAGCAGCUAUUUGUACUUGGUGCAUAGUGUCUUCAAUCUGAUAAUGGGUCCUUGUCAAACUCACAUGUUCUUCCUUAUAAGUUGUCUGCGAACCAGUCUCGAGUCUAGACUAGAGUUAGAUUCGUCGCAUUAUUUACUCUCUUCGCUUGGAGAUGGGAGGGAGCUUGCAUGCAUAUGCAUGUGGAUAGGAAUGUAAAUCAGAGUGACUAUAUUUGUGCAUUUGGCUGUGUUCCCGCAAACGCAUGUACUUGUGCUGGUUUGUGUUGGUGCGCGUGGAGAGCAAGCCCCCAGGCAUUUCAUUGUGUACUGUCAGUCUCGUGAUGGUUCCCUCUAAGAUGGAGUCUCUCCCAUGGAUUCUUUUUGGAUGGAGGGAGAUGUGAGUUAGCUUCCCUUCUUUUUCUUUUUUCUUUUUUUUCCCUCAAUUCUGCAGCUAGAGAUUUGUUUCGUUGGUUAGGUGUGGAGAACUACUGCUCCAAUAUGAUUGAUUACAAGGGAAGGUAUCAAUUAGUUCUAACAGGGAAUGGCUAGGGUGCCUCAUUGUUUUGGUAACCCAGAAGCUUAUAAUUUAUAGCCAUUACACUUUUUAUUUAUCACCAAUUCAUUUCCAUGCCCAUGGUCAAUUUGGGAAUGAGAUUGACAAAUCCUCUACCAUUAUAUGUCCAAAAGAGAGUGCCAAAUCAGUUCCCAUAGCUGUCCCAUCCCAAAGCAGAGCAUUAAGAGGUGAUUAAUCAAACGAGGCUGUAUUUCUUUCCAAAAAAACAGGUAUUCCUCUGCAGAUGUCAGCUUGUAAAAUAGCAUUCAGGGAACUCUGGCUGGACUGCUUCCUCCAUAAGUGGUAUUGGGCAGCCUAUUCCUAGUGGAAAUUCUGGUUUUCCAGGUCAUUUUUAUGGAAAGCUCACACUCCAAAUAAAGAAGAAUGUAAAGCAUAAGAUGUCUGGUGGUCAAGAACCAUCUGACCUUUUGUUGCCCUCUGCAAUCUGGUUUCUAUACAAGUUCAAAAUUUUUUAUUAAGAUUUCCUAUUUUCCAUUUUUGCACCAUCAGCACAGAGGAUGACUUUUUUUUUUUUUUUUUUUUUUUUUGGGGGGGUCACAAAUUGUGUUUUGAUGUUUAAAAAGCAGCAUCUGUGCUUUCUCAAACUGUGGCAACUUUGAAUGUUGGUGGCAUGAAACUCGCUGAAUGAUGCUUGUAUGAUAGCGUGGGUGAGAUGGUGUCAAUUUUUUUGGUCAGAACUUCGUAUUUGCGGCAGCACAAUCACUCAAGUAAACCAGAUAUUCCAGAAUCAUGUGGCACUAUCGUCAAGUAGGAAGUUGCAGGGUGGAUUUAGAACUUUUUCUACUAGUGAAGAUUUUUCGGCAAAAAAGUGUGUACCAUGCAACGCAAAGGACUUGAGGCCCAUGACUGAAGAAACUGCCAAUGAACUAAUUUCUAAGGUACCUGAUUGGAACCUGGUGAAUGAAAGUGGUGUUCUGAAGCUGAAUCGUUCUUGGAAAGUGAAGAGUUUCCUUAAAGGACUGGAAUUGUUCAGGCUUGUAGCUGAAGUUGCAGAAUCAGAAGGUCAUCAUCCUGAUCUGCAUCUUGUUGGAUGGAAUAAUGUUACUAUUGAAAUAUGGACGCAUGCAGUUGGUGGAUUGACAGAAAAUGACUUCAUACUCGCUGCUAAGAUCAAUGGACUGCCCCUGCAAGAUCUGUUGAGGAGGAAAGCCAAGAACUGAUAUGCUCUAAGAUAGUCCCUUGGUACUGUGGUACUGAUAUUUUCCUCUACACAUAAUGUUUUGUCAUUGAGAGUCCUCGGUACUAUUGUGUCUGAAGGUUUGUUGAUGAUAUUUUGUGGAAAAUUUAACUUAUUAUAAAAAGGAUACACUUUGGGGAGCUCAA